GUCAGCGCGCGCGCUCCCUCGCCCUCUCCCGGCAGCGCGCGCGCUCCCUCGCCCUCUCCCGGCAGCGCGCGCGCUCCGUGCAGGAUGCUGACUUGUAGGUGAUGAUGGCGGAAGGGGAGCAGCGCUGAGCUCCAUCUGAGUUUGUACCGCCGCUGUAGACGCACCGACGACAUCGUUUCUCUCCGUCGACACCUAUCCCGAGGCGAUGGGGAACGAGGCCAGCAUGGAAGGGGAGGGACAGGCGGGACAGCCCGGCCCCGCCGUCGCCGCAGCGGGGGCUCCGGCUUCCAUUUCAGCACCAGCGGACUCUGGACAGCUCAUCAAGCCGAGCAAUGGAGCGCCCGCCGGAGGAAGUGGGGCUGGACCCGGGCCGGGGAUUAACAGAUCACCGUCGUCAGACCCAGGACCUAAAGCAGGGGUCCAGAGUGGUCAUGGGACAGGGGACAGGUUAGCAUCCCAUGAUACCCCUCAGCAUGCCGCACCCCAAGGAGAGCAGGGCCAGGGUCAUGUGUCCAGGAGGAGUCUGCAGGUGGAUGUGGGGAGCAGCAGGACUGGGAGGUCCCCUUCCGUGUCCCCGGACCGAGGCAGCGUCCCCACCUCUCCUUACUCUGUGCCUCAGAUUGCACCCAUGCCCAGCAGCAAGCUGUGCCCCGUCUGCAAAACCACCGACUUGAUGGGCACUGGGGAUGACAAGCCGAACUUCAACACCUGCACACAGUGCCGCUCCAUGGCGUGCAACCAGUGUGGCUUCAACCCCAACCCUCACCUCACAGAGGUCCAAGAAUGGCUAUGUCUGAACUGUCAGAUGCAGAGGGCAUUGGGGAUGGACAUGACCACACCACGCUCCAAGAGUCAGCAACAGAUAACCUCUCCUUCUCAUGCAGCCAAACCAGAACUCCAACCGCAGGCUAUGAGUCAGCCUGCUCCGCUGACACAGACCCCUCCUCAGUCACAGCCUCCAGCACAGGCUCAUCCUGUGCCUGGCCCUACCAAACAGACUGGUCCGGCUGGCCCAGGUCAGCAACAAGUUAAGCUCCCUCCAGGGGCAGUCCCUCUCCCCGGCAUGGCCAAGGCCCCAUCCCAGCCUGAUUUGUCCCGCAACUCUCCCGCCCACCAACCCCAGCACCCACGCCAGGACCAUACUCGCAGUGCGGGGAGCUCCCCUUCGCGGCAGCCUCCGCCCCCGGAGCAGACUUUUGGGAAGCUGUUUGGCUUUGGAGCAUCUCUCCUUAACCAAGCCAGCACUCUCAUAUCUGAGACAACUCAACCACAACCACAGCCCCAAAAACCAUCCCCAAAACCAGGAGGACCUCCUGGUCCUGGACCUGGGGCGAGUAAACCCUCAGGACCUCAGCCUGCACAACAAGGGCCUCGGGCCCCUGCUCAGCAGCAACAACAACAGCACCCUCCUCCAGACUCUUCUAAGCCCAAAGCUUGUUGUCCUCUCUGUAAGACAAACCUCAACGUAGGCAACACAGCAGAACAACCCAACUACAACACCUGCACACAGUGCCACUCCCAAGUGUGCAACAUGUGUGGAUUCAAUCCCACGCCGCACCUAGUCGAGAAGAAAGAAUGGCUGUGUUUGAACUGCCAGACGCAGAGGGCUCUAUCAGGAAGCUUGGGAGAUAUUCCAACUCCUGUUGCACAGCCCGUGGGUUCCCCCCGACCAACUGCAGCAGCCAAUCAACAACCAUCUCCACAGAAAGGGCCUGAUCAACUUUUAGGGCCUAGGCACGCAGCUCCUCAACAACUGCAGAAACCAACGGGUCCCCAAGUAAGUGGCCCCCUCUCUCCUGUGAAACAGGCAGGGCCUGCCCCUCAAACCAAGGGGCCUAUCCCAGCUACCCCUCAAUCCAAGGUUUCUGCUCAACCUGUUUCUCAACACAAAGGUUCAACUCAGUCACCUUCCCAAACUAAGGGCCCAACACAACCCACAGCUCAGAGUAAGGGUCCUCAAGUGAAAGGUCCUAAUCAGUCACAUGCUCAAAGCAAAGGCACUGUUCAGUCUGCUAACCAAGUGAAGGGCCCGAGCCAGGCUAAAGGGCCGACCCAUACAAAGGGAUCUGCUCAGCCCUCUACUCAGGCUAAGGGCCCUUCUCAUGCCGUUGGUGCCAAGGCUUCAUCCGCCCCUGGUAAAACCGCACCCAACCAUGCUAAGGCCUCCCCCACUCCCUCAAAACCAGCAACUACUCAGUCUAAACCCACAGGUAACAACCAGGCUCGCAAACAGCUGCAGAGCCAGGAAAAGACUAAAGUCGCAACUAAAUCUCUAAAAGAAGACGUCAAGGCCUCACAGAAGAAGGCACUGUCAGAGACGACCACUUCACCAAAAGACAUGAAGAUAGCUGGAGAUGUACUGAAGUCAAAACACCAUGAAGAUUCUAAUAAAUCGAGUACACAGAGUUUAAGUGACACUGGAUACUCUUCAGAUGGGAUCUCCAGCUCUCAAGGGGAAAUUACAGGCCAGAUUCGGGAAGAAGGAAUCAAGCUGAGCGAAAGAGGCACUUCCAUUCCUUCAGAAAUCACCAAUCUAGAAAGCUCCAUGAAGCCUCUGCUAGAGUCAAAGACUGCCUCAGAUCAUAAGCACAGGCCACACUCACUGUCAGUUGGAAAGGACCGGGACUACACUCCUGAUGAUGAUGCAACGAGGGAUGAAUCAGAAGAUGACCUCAGUUGUAAGCUUCGCCAUGAUUAUGUGGAGGACAGCAGUGAAAGUGGUCUCUCACCAUUGCCAGUAAGACAGAAGAAGUCUCAUAAAGAAUUAUCUGAUGAGGAAUUCAUGAGGAGGCAAAUUAUGGAGAUGAGUGCCGAUGAAGAAGAGUUGGAAGAAUAUGAAAAUCAGAAGACUAAAAAGGGACAUAAAACCAGUGGGGAAGUGAGCAAAGAGAGACGACGUCUCUCUCACCAUUCUAAUAGUUUUGAGGAUGACACAAAGGUAUUGGAGGGUACAUACAAGGCAAAUGAAGAAGAAGAUGUUGUAAUGGCUGGAGGCCUACGACGCUUUAAGACUAUUGAGCUGAAUAAUACCAACAGCUAUAACCGAGACAUGGAGCUCAGUACCGAGCAUGACCUACGAGAACCAGAGCUAGAGAUGGAGAGUCUGACUGGCUCUCCAGAGGAGCGGUCCAAGGGGGAAUAUUCAUCAACUCUGCCUGCCACCACUCCCAGCUACACCUCUGGAACAUCCCCCACAUCUGUAUCAUCCAUGGAGGAUGACAGUGACAGCAGCCCUAGUCGUAGGGCAAGACUAGAAGAGGCAAAGCAACAGAGAAAGGCUCGACAUCGUUCCCAUGGGCCACUGCUGCCCACAAUAGAGGACUCAUCUGAGGAGGAUGAGCUCAGAGAGGAAGAAGAACUACUUAGAGAACAGGAGCAGAUGAGAGAUCUAGAGCAACAGAGGAUCCGAAGUACUGCGAGAAGAACGAAAAGGGAUAAAGAGGAGCUACGUGCACAGAGACGUAGGGAAAGAUCCAAAACUCCCCCCAGUAAUCUUUCUCCUAUUGAGGAUGCAUCACCAACAGAAGAACUGAGACAGGCUGCAGAGAUGGAGGAGCUUCAUAGAUCUUCCUGUUCUGAAUACUCACCUUCUAUGGACUCUGAAGCAGAGGGCUUUGAGAUGAUUGGUGGUAAGCUUUACAAAGCAGGUAAUGAAUAUAACCUUCCCACUUUCACAUCCCUCUACUCCCCUACAGAAAAGACAUCAGCAAUGUCACCAUCUGAUAAAACACUAAAAAGUGCAGAGGAGGUCUAUGAGGAGAUGAUGAAGAAAGCACAGCUUAUGCAGAGGGAUGGACAAAAAGUUAAUCAGCAGAAAGGUGCCUCUCAGCCUGAUGGUAAACAUCAUCUUGAAACAGGAACUGUACUAACCCCAGGCUCAAGCCCAACACAAGUUACUGCACCAAUGUCCUUCUCCACUACAGACCCAAGAAUCCCAGGAAUUCAUGCAGCACAGCAUCUAUCAAAAGAAACACAAAAUAGGAUGAUGACACAGAGUGCCAAAAUUGAAGGUGUUGUUGGAGGUGCCACAACCAAACCCCAAGUCAGUCAGACUGCCACAACUCGUCAGGCAGGUAGCUCAGUGCCUGCUGGCAGCAGAGCAGGAUCUCAGAGGGCACCACAGGCAUCACCGGACUCUGGAGCGUCCUCUCUAACUUCCAAAGUCUUUUCCCUUUUUAAAGGUCCUAGCCCCCCAGUUUCCCCAACUACUUCCCCAGCACAAAGUCCAACGCAUAUGCCAUCUGUGCUAACCACUGGUGGUAGUGGUAGGCAGCUGCCACACUUGCCUGGUGGCCCUACAUCAGCUACAGCCUCCCAUGGUGCUCAGGUACCACAAAGAGCAAUUUCGCCACGUCUUGCACGACAGCAGUCCUCUCAAGAUUCAACAGUGAUGGUGAUAACACUGGCCUCUGAAACAACUAGUCCUGCUAAGCCACUGACAGUAAAUUCUUCCACUUCCCCUUUGUCAUCACCAACACAGGUUAGUUGUAAAACAUUGUAUAGCUCCCAGCCCCCUCCUACAAGUUCCCCAACAUCACCACAAAUGCAUCCAUCACAGCAGUCUCCUCAACAUUCUUCACACGUGGUUGAAAGUUUUGAAAAAGGAAAUGUUCGUAUUAGCACAGUGACCACAAGUGCAAAUAGUCGUGGAUCUAUGGAAAGUAUAUCUCUAUGUAAAAUCUCAAAUAUUCCAGGGACUUCAAAUGUUGUGGGUCAGGGCCAAAUGCAUCCAAGCAGUAAUGUGGUGGAUCUGAGAGCCCCAGUGAGGCCUGCCCCAAUUAUAAUGACAGACCAGGGGAUGGACCUAACAUCUCUUGCAUCUGACUCGAGAAGAUACUCUUUGGGGACAGAGCAGCCAUCUGGUCGACACACAGCAGUCCAAUCUCUUAUUAUGAACCUGAAUGCCCAAGAGCAACCACAUGCAUCUGUAUCUACACCGACCACAGUAAGUGUCACAGUUGCAGGUUCAACAUUCAUGUCCCAAUCCAAGCAGCCAGUGGUGUAUGGAGAUCCUUUGCAAAACCGUGUGGAUCUGGGGCAGGGGGUUGGAUCAGCUGUUUGUUUAACCCAGAGUAAACCACAGAUUACUGACCCAUCUAUUCCCAAAAUUGAUGCCUGUUUGGAGAACCUGGGUAUACAACAGCAACAAUUACAGCUACAGCAGCAGAAGCUCCUGCAGCAGCAACAGCUUCUUGAACAGCAGCUCCAGCAGCACCACCAGCAAUCCUCUUUUGCUCGUUACAAUUUAGCUAAUCAGGUCCAGCCACUGCUAAUGAAAAAAGACCUUGUAGUGAGCCAGACAAGCAGUAACCAGUCUACAGUCACUGCUAGUGCCAUACCUAGAGUAUCCCCCCUGGCUCCCCCGUCAGUGUCUGGGGCUCCUGCUUCUGAUGCUCCCCAUGAAAUCUAUAGUGGAGUUGCCUUAGAGCUAAAGAACAAGCCUGCAGCAAUAAACUUGUCGACUGGUAAACCCCAUGUUAUGAUGGUGCAACUUGAUGAGAGUAACACAUCACAGGGGGGUACAGUGACCAAACUGGUAAAGCAAGAGGAACCUCCUCCCCCUCCUCAGGUCUUGGAUCUCACAGGCCAGAUUAAACCAGAAAACCAGGUGGCUUGUUGUGAUGUUGUUUACAAAUUGCCCUUUGCUGGUUCCUGUUCAGGGUCAUUCACUCAGAAGCCUGCAACAGUAUCCUCAGAUAAAACCCCCACCAGUGAAACCUCUCAAGCAACCCAUUCUCCCCAUCCACCUACCUACAAUAUCAGCCAACAAAAGCAACACCCUCCUCAAGCUACACAAGGAGUGACAGAGGAACAUAAACCACAUCAACCACCCAUAGUCCCCUUGGGAAGAAUACAACCCUCAAUGUCUGAUAAUAAUCUCACUUCCAUGACUGAUGCUGGUCACUAUCCAAGCAAUGUCCAGGGGGGUCUUGCAGUUGAUCUCAGCAGUAUAAAUCAGGCUUAUGAUGGAGGAUAUCUUGGCAUGGGAGCACAAUAUGGAUCUUACACAGACUUACGCCACCAAGGAGAUUUCUCUGGCCCUUCCUUACCUCUUCGCCGAUAUGGCUCCAUGUCAAAUAUUAAUGCGGACUAUGUCUACAGUUCACGUGACCUAACAGGAUCUCAGGACUCCAAUCUGGCUCAGUACAGUGCAACUACUGCCAGGGAGAUCAGCCGCAUGUGUGCAGCUCUGAACACAGUGGACCAGUUUGGAAGUCGGUAUGGAAAUAACCCUGAACUGAUACCAUAUGGGGCUGGAAGGGGUGGACCUUUAGGUAGGCUUAAUCUCCAGCAAAGCUUAGCAUCAAUAAGAGCAAACCUACUGUAUGGCCCAGAUGGAAGACCAACAGCAAAUGGCCAAACCCUAACCAAUCUAAUUAAUGCCAGACAAGCAAGUAUACGCGCCUUGUACCCAGCUGCUAUGAGGGGAGGUGAUGGUAUGAUAUAUUCCACAAUAAACACCCCCAUAGCCUCUACCUUGCCAAUUACCACACAGCCUGCCUCUGUUCUACGUCCUAUGCCUAGAGGAAUUUACAGACCAUACCCUACAGGUGUAACAGCUGUACCAUUGGCUAGUCUUAACAGGUUGCCUCAAGUGACUCCGAGAAUGCCUCUGUCCACACAGGGACCAUAUUCUUACCCUCCUCCAAGCCAGUAUUCUACUUCAGCCUCACCUUCAGGAGGUGUGACUGCUGCAAACAGCUCACAACAGGAAAGUCCGGUGUACCUUGGAAAGCCUUUAACUACAGUUGCACCGCAAACUGCUGCAAUCAUUCCACCAGCCCAACCUGCAACACACUUCGGAGAACAAAAUCUACCAGCACCUGGUUUGCAAACAACAGCAGAUCAGCAGACAGAGCAUACUCAAUGUGCUUCGUCCCUUUCUCAUGCUCAAGGCCAACUUCCAAAUGCCCAGCCAGGGCUGGCUCAAAUGCAGCCACAGCAGCUACCUGCUCAAACUGAACCUUUAUCUCUGACUCAAACUCAAUCUCAAGUUCAACCCAUCAGUCAACCUCAACCAUUAGUUCUGCCACAGGGCCAGCCACAAAUGACACACCAAGGUACUGCUCAAGCACAGACUUCCAAACUUUCUCCUCCCAUGGAUGCACAGAAAAGUCAGGAAGAUGAGAGGCUGAGUCAGCAACAAGAACAUAUGCUGCAGCUAGAGCGAGAGAGGGUUGAACUGGAGAAAGUACGGCAGCUGCGCCUACAUGAGGAGCUUGAAAGAGAUCGUAUGGAGCUCCAGCGACACAGAGAAAAAGAACAAAUACUUGUUCAGCGUGAGAUACAAGAACUGCAGACAAUCAAACAGCAAGUCCUACACCAACAGCAAGCGGAGCGGGAGACACAGCUUAUCAUGCAAAGAGAACAACUGGCCCAGCAAAGGAUGCAGCUUGAACAAAUUCAGUCUCUGCAGCAGCAGCUCCAGCAGCAGCUGGAGGAGCAGAAAAGGCAAAAGACAGCAGCAGUGGAGGCAGCAGCUGCUGCUGCAGUAGCAGAGGCCGCCGCUGCAUCAGCAGCAGCGGCAGCAGCAGCAACAUCUGCCCAGGGUGCUAUACAGGGGGUAGUUGUUGGAGGAGGGGCCCCUCAAGGGUUCAUUAUCUGUGACCAGAGUGGUAGAGUUAUUCAACAAGAUGGACAGAGUGUUCAAUUUUGGCAGGAUGGACAAGUGGUCCAAGCUGUGGUGGCUGCUCGACCUAUUCAUAGUUCUGUCUCUGAAAUGUCUUUGAGGAGCAGCGACAAACAGUCUGAUUCCAAAAUUAUGAAAAAGCAGAAUUCAAUGCCUCGGCUGAGGGAUGGCUCAGAGGAGGACUCCGUGAAGAGAAUUACAGACAGCUGUGUGCAAACAGACGAUGAAGAUGGUGAGGACAGAUUCAUGAACAGGCGUAGAAGAACAAGGCGUAUUGCGGACUGUAGUGUGCAAACGGAUGAAGAAGACCAGGGAGAAUGGGACCAGCAACCAGUAAGGCGCAGGCGAUCACGUGUAUCGAAACACUCUGAAUCCAGUGGUGAGACUAAAUCAGAAGGGUUAUCUAAAGUUGUUUCCUCAAGUAUAGCUAUCCAGACCACAAAUGAUUCGUCAUGCCAGACAGAGCCUGACCAGCUAGGCAGGGUUUCACCUGCAAUCCACAUAACCAUGGCAGAGACCUCAAAGGUUGACCUAUUACAUUACAUAGCCUCCCCUGAAAGGACUCACAAAGGAGAGAGUCUGGCUUGUCAGACAGAACCAGAGUCUCAUUCUCAGGGUGUGGUCGCCCCUCAACUGAGUGUCCCUACAACUAUCAGUCCGUACUCCACCAGUCUGCAUAUAGUAGGUUCAAACACAUCAGAUCCAGCCUCUUCUAGACUCCAAGGAGUUGCUAAGUUUGAAAGGAGGAAGCCAGACCCCCUGGAAAUUGUCUAUCAGCAGCAACAAAAUGAGUCUCCAUCUCGCCAGCCCCCUAAAUCUCCCCAGGUGCUAUACUCGCCUGUAUCUCCAUUAUCUCCUCAUCGUAUGUUGGAGACAACAUUCGCCUCCCAGGAGAAACUCAACAAAGCCCAUGUUACACCCCAGCAAAAAGCCUUCACGGCUGAUUCACCCCAACGCCAUCAGACUCUACCAAGGCCUAUAAAAAGUGUACAGCGCUCCAUGUCAGAUCCCAAACCUCUCAGCCCUACAUCAGAGGACCCAGCCAAGAACAGGUUUUCACCAUAUCAUCAGCAAGCUGUUUCCAACAGUCAGCAGAUGGCCUCCCUGCAGCAGCAGCAGAACUCUCUCAUGAGGAAAAUAAAGAGGACUCUCCCCAGCCCCCCUCCAGAGGAAACUCCUCUCCCCAUUGUUACUCCAGCACAAAUGUACAGCUCUUCCGGCAUGCCCCAGCGGGUCCUACCCAGACCCUCCCAGGGAAUCACCAAGGCUGGCCUGCUGAGUGAACUGAAAGCUGUGGAACAAGAGUCAUCAAAGCUCCGUAAGCAGCAGGCCGAACUGGAGGAAGAAGAAAAAGAGAUUGAUGCCAAGCUGCGUUACUUGGAGCUAGGUAUCACCCAACGUAAGGAGACCAUGGUGAAAGAUAGGGAGAGGAGAGAGCUUGCUUACCUGAGAUGUAUGGGUGACGCUCGUGACUACAUGUCAGAUAGUGAGCUCAAUAAUCUCAGGAUGGCAGCUGCAACAGGAAACUUUGAUGCUAAUGGACUGCUGACAAGGCCCAGCACUGCACCAAUGAGUCAGUUUACUAAUGACCUCAAUUCAGCCUCUCAGUAUCCCUCAACCUCAUCUUAUAUGUCUUAUUCAUAUCCACAAAGUCAACCAUCAACGCAGCCACCGAGUUCAGCUUAUCAACAGAUAGGCUUCCAACCUCCUCAGUACCCUUCAUCCUCUGCCCCCCAGCCAGGAACUUUCCAGCCCCACCCCCCACCAGGCCCUGGCUAUCAGAAUCAGGGAACAUAUUCUUCUCGUAUGUAUGCUCAAUCCUCCUACCAGACAGACCAUGGCAUGCAGCAACAUGGUCUCCAGGGCUUCCAUCAGCCUGGUCAACCCAUGCCAAGCCAGAGUCUUCCCUACCCCAGCCACAGCUCUUACCAACCUGGCCUCCCCUUUCAACCGCAGGCAGAGAUCCUUACAGUCCAUCAAAGACCAAGGCAAACAUCUUUGGCUGACCUUGAGCAAAAACUCCCCACCAACUAUGAAGUCAUUAGCAAUCCAGCAGUGUCAGUGGCAACAUCAGCUCCAGAUACCAACUAUGGCAAUGCAGUCUACAGCAAUGCAUAUGGACAAUACCAACCACCUGAGCCUUGCUUGACUCACUCUGUGGAGAGCCCCACCUCUGCUUAUGCUUCAGAUGGACUUUACACCUCAAACCUGGAGCAGAAUAUUCCUAGGAACUACGUCAUGAUUGAUGACAUCAGUGAGUUGACAAAAGACAACACUAGCCAACAGACUGAUGCUUUAGGUCAUCCUGUAGGAGGACGGUAUCGCACUGAGAACGGCCCUACGCGUGGAAGUUCCUAUGGGAGGCCUGAAGAUGAGCCUGUGGAUGCUUAUGGCAGACCUACAGGCUCAACAGGAUACCAAAGCACAGUAGACAGUCGCACCACCACCACAGUGAGUGGAGGCUCUUCCUAUUACUAUGAUGAUUAUAAACACACAUCACGGAGCUCCUCCAGUAGCCACAAACUCACACCCAAGAAUCUGGCCCCUGCUGUAGUGUCCUCUAAACGCAGUAAGCACAGGAAGCAGGGAAUGGAGCAAAAGAUUUCAAAAUUCUCCCCUAUUGAAGAAGCACGGGAUGUGGAGUCUGACCUUGCCUCUUACACGAUGACAACAUCAACAGGAGGCAGUUGUACAGUUGUGUCCAGAACCAAGAAGCUUCCGGAUGAUAUGACCUACGGGAUGAAAAAAAACACAUAUGACCAGCAGAAAUAUUACGGAACCAGUCGUGAGGGUCUUGAGGAAGAGGACCGCAUGUAUAGCUCUGGAAGGUCCAGGUCCACUGGAUAUGGUAUGGACAAGAUUUCCUCUAGAGAUACCACAGGCCACAGGAGUAAAUCUUAUGAAAGAGAUGCCAUGGAGCGGUCUCAGAGAAGCAGUCGCAGUGGAAGGCCUCCCAUGCGCAGCCAAAAUUCAGAAGAGGAGAGCCCGCUCAGUCCUGUUGGGAAGCCUGUAGGCAUAGGAAGAACCUCUGGCAUACCAGAGGCCCAUGAUGUGAGGAAUCAGUAUGGCUCCAGCCAUUCAUUGCCAGAUGUGCAAGACCACCACAAGAAGGACCUGCCCAGGAGUCAUGUCUAUAAACCAGAAGACCCUUACCUGGUCGAUGACAUGCACUGUGCUGUUUCUGACAGUGAAGCAUAUCACCUGGGCCAAGAGGAAACUGACUGGUUUGAGAAGCCACGGGAGGCCCGUUCUGAUCGCUCACGACAUCAUGGAAGUGGAAGUCACUCAUCCACAGGUAGGCGUAGUAAACACACCUACCAUGAUUAUGAUGAACCUCCAGAGGAAUACUGUCCCCAGGAUGAUUACAGUCAACAACGCCAUUCCUCCUCCACAUCGCCACGAGACCACCGUCACCACGGUGGCAGCUCUGGCAGACACAGCUCUUCUCGGCACUCCUCAGAGGAUCCUAGGUCCACCCGAUCAGCCAGGACACACCCCAAAGACCCAUCGGGUCGCUCUGAUGGCAGAAGCUCUGCGUCUAUGCAAAGAAGGAGCGGUCCAGACUCCCGUCCUGCCCAGGGAAGCCCCCGAAAUUCAGGAGACUUCUCUCGUGAAACAGCUUCGGGUCAUCACCACGGUACUGGAGGAAGGGGCCAGAGACCUCAAGGAGAUCGGCCAACCUCCAAGAGACAGGAACCCUCUGCCGGAGGGCUUAAACCACAGCAACAGCAGCAACAGCAGCAACAGCCCCCUCAGGGCCAUGCUGGUCCGCAACGGCCAGGUGUGCAGGGACAAUCUGGGAGACAUCCAGGCUCUGAACCAAUUAAUGGCACCCAACCAGCACCACCACCACCACAACAACAACAACCACAACAACCACAACAACAACAACAACAACAACAACAGCAGCAACAACAACAGCAGCAGCAGCAGCAGCAGCAGCAGCAGCAGCAGCAGCAGCCACAACCACUGCAACAUGGCCAGGCCCCUCAGAGCAGCCAGCCCACCACAACCACUGCAGGAGGUGGACCAGCACAACAGCAGCCCAAAUCUGGCCAAACCCUACCUCAGGGACGCCAGCCAGGAGUUGGUUCUGCAGCUGGACAGCCAGCUACCACAGCGGCAAAAGUUGAUGCUUCACCUGCAGCAGCUAUGGGAAUGAAACUAACAGCAGGAGUUCCAACAACACCUCAGCCUUCCAAAAUAGCUACACCUCCUUUAACAGGCAUCGGCUCCAAGGCUGCCCCUGUUGGGAUCGGUGGCAAACCCGGAGGAAUAGGCAGCGCUGCAGCAGGACAGCCACCAGCUGACGGGGAUAAUGUUCUGACCAAGAUGCUACAAGGAGGGGCCGCAGAGCAGGCAGGGAAACUGGGGGAUGCUUUGUCUGGCCUUGGGAAGAAGUUCACUUCAUUAUGGUGAACUGAUCAGACGGGUAUGCAGAGUUGAAAUAAGACGGAUCGGUACUUUGUUCUUGAAAAAACCUAUGACACUGCAUUAAAUACAUUUCACAUUACAUAGGAGGUAGAGGAAGAUAUCUUGAGUGCAUCAAGCUGGAAUCAAAGGAUGCCUUGUCAGCACUGAAUUCCCCAGACAUGGGCACACGAUUGAAGUGAAUUUAAUAAGGGUGAUCGCUUUGUCAGCACAGCGUUACAAGGCUUGAGCAGAGGCCUGAGCAGACCUGAAAGUAGAUGAUGCCUUGACCGAACUAUAGUCCCAGGAUGAUGAUCAUGGAGACAUCUGACGCCUCAUUGAGGGAAAAAAACAGUCAAUAAUGAGGAUGCAGUGACGCGGAGGAGAGUGGGGGAAGGAGGACUCGAAUCUUGCUUCCUCUCCUCUUCUGGAGAAAGCCUCCUGGGAACUGUAUGACAGUAAAAGGCAUGCUAAGUGAGGCACCUGGAUAUCUGGAUAUAUACCAUGCAUGUCCCUUCUUUCAAACAACUGCAUGUAUGAAGCCUCACAGCGCCCUCUACAGUGAUGUUAAUGGAACACAGCUCAUGUCUGAUGACUUCGGACAAGGAUAUUUGAUUCUGCGUUGAUGCCCUCACAGCCUUCUCAUGCAAAAAAUAUUUAAAAAGAAAGAUUUUCAUAGGUUUUUCUUGAACCAAAGAUACCAAUCUUACCGUACAAUGACAACACAUCCCUGAAGAAGACAAGGUGUAUCACGGCAAUGACAACUGAUCUGAUGACUCCACUACAAUCCUUGAAUGUUUGGUUUCUCUGGUUUCUGCAGUACAUUCCAGUAUAGGGAAUUCUACCCUUUCUUUGAAUGUGUUUUAUUUCUCUUCUUUUAUUUUUGUUUUGUUGUCUACAGAAUGCAUUGUGUAAAUGUGGACACGAGAAUGCACGCACAAAUAUUUCAAAAACUGAAAAAAAGAAGCCCAUUUUGUCACCACCUUUUGAGAUGCCACUAGUCGUUAGAUAUCGUUUUAAGGGAAGGGAAUUACUACCAGUGUGCCCACAAGUGUGAGAUUCACACAGAUGAGAGGACCAAAUGAAAGAGUGGCCACGGCUUUUUAUUAGCCAUCACAAAGCCAUCGUUAUUGUCAGCCCUGGAGACUUCUGGGACUUUAUCCUUUUUAUUGUUUGUCUCAUCUUCUGAUUUGUAUUUUUUGCCUGAUUUUCAUCGAAUGGAAGAGCCUUAUUCAGUACUGAUGUUUUUACCUGUAUACCUCAUAUAUUUUAAAAUGUCCAUAUCACCAUGCAUUUCUUUUUACACAACUGUAUAUUGUAUGUACAUAAAACAAAUCAGAGAUCUAACUAUGUAAAUUUUUCCUUUGUGUAUUUAUGGAAUCACUUUCUGGUGAAUUUCUUUUUUCUUUUUUGUUGUUCUGUGUUUUUUCUUUGGUAAAACUUUAUAUUUUUCACUUUAGAUUUUUUGAAUCUUUUUUCUUGCAUCAGAUAAUUUGCUUGUUUAUUUUAAAAAAGCAAUAGCAUGCAGAAAAUGGUAUAUAGCACAAUGGUAUAUUAUUAUUUAAAUUAGUGAUGAGAAAUAUCAAACACUUGUUGAUAAAUAGCCGUAAUACAAGUUGUCAGAGGGUUUACAACCACAGUACCAUGUCCAAAUGUGCAUGUAUUGUGCAGAUGCGCAAGAGCAUGCAGACUGGUACAAAUACACUCACAGACACACACACUCUCUCUCUCUCUAUCUCUUGCAAAUACAUAUGCACACACGUACUGUACACUUUGCACCAUAGUUACACUUUAAAAGCCAAGGUUAAUUGAGUUCUCCGACGAACAGACCUGUUAACCUGCUGCUGAUCAAUGUGGUUACAGUACCAAUUCACCAACAAGAUGAUCUCACUAACAAGCUGGGCCCACUGCCUCUAUUUGUGCAAAGACACACAUACAGAUACAGACACGUGCACACACACACACACACACAAAUACAUGCAGAUAUAGGGGAGGAUGAAAGCAAUUAUCAAUUUAAAUGUUCUAUGCAAUGACUCAUUUUGAACCUGGAAGUGAUUCAGCCUAAAACAGUUUAUUAUCCCCAUUGUAUUCACAAGAAAAUUACAAAAUUAUGAACUACAAUGUUAAAAAAAAGGUCAUGAAAAUGUUUUUACUUAGCAACUUGUCUGUAUGAAUUUGAAUAUUGAAUAUUGAACUAGAAUUGUUUUUAUUUUUCGUGGCAUGUAUUCACCCGUCACACCCCACAUGGGGGACUUGUUGCCAAAGGGUAAACUGUGUAGACUGUUGGUUCUGAAUGUCCAUCAUCAUGUUGCUUUGAAGCAUGGGUUUGCUUGGCUUUGUCUGGCUGUUUGUAAGCCCUCAUUCAGUUUUUGUGCGUUUUGGCUGACCUGGGCUCCUCAGUGUUUGGCUUGCAGUGACUGUCCAUGCAGCUAUAAACCUGUGAUACAGAUGGUCAGCACAUCUCAUUAAUAUGUGUCAAUGUACAUAAUGGGUGUCAGUAUAACCUGUGGGGUCAAUGGAAUGCUUCAAACCGAUAUGUCAUUGUUGAUUAAAACACUCAGCAGCCAAGCCAUUGGAAAGGUGCAUGAUUAGAUCUUAUAUUCUUGGAAUUUGUACCUGAAUUUAAAAAAAUUAUAAUAAAAAAAAGUUAUGGCAUGAUUUCACCAAGGUUUUCGAACCUUGACUUUCACAGGCCAACAAAGAGAAUAUUGAUGAUUAAAAUACUCAGCCAGUCAUUCACAAACAGGGCAUGUCAUUUGGAAAGCACAAGCCUGACUGGUAACACUUGCCUCUCGAUGAAACACAGAAACAUGGAGGUUGCGUAAUGGGGCCUCCAGCUGAACAGUGUGAGAGCUGAAUCAAAAAAAGAAGUGGAGGUGCUAUCUGGUCGAUAUGAGGUGCAUGAGACAAAACAGCCUUCAGUGCAGCCGUCCGGAUUGACAGACAGGCAGAAAGUCACACAUUCUUACUGUAAAUACAAAUUCAUUCUUCUGUACAGCUUUUGAGUUUUGAGUACGGCCGUCAUGUGCAUCCCCAUGCCGUAUUUGCUGCCAACUUUUUGUGUAUAAAAAGAAUAUUCAUUACCACGAUAAUGAUGAUGAUGAUAAAACUAAUGAUGAUGAUGAUGAUUAUUAUUAUUGCAUAAGCAUAGUGUAUGUGGCUGACGCAUAUUGACUGUUUACAACAGUGGAACAAAACGUGUAUUUAGAAACACCUGGUCUGUGUAGAGUUUCUAUACAUAUUGUGUAUUGUAUAACAAGACAAAAUACCUCCAUGGCAUUGGAAAGUGGAAUGCCUUUUGUCAGACUAUCAGGAGGUCUUUGAUUUGAUGGAUAUGAUCUGCAAGGUGAUGAGGAUGAUGGGAAGAGGCUGGAAAAAAAACACAAAAAAAAAUCUGGAAAAUGUCAUUCACUGUUGUAAGUGCAAUGGGCAAAACGUCAGUCGUGAAUCCAUUGUGAAACCUUGUGUUCUAUUCAGUGUAUUCCUGUAAACAGAUAGAGUAAAUUUUGCUGCAUCAUGUCAAGUAAUGUGAUUAAUGAAAAUAUUGACCCUGCAAUUUCCAAACAGAAAAGAAUAAAAAGAAAAGGAAUAUAUUGUG